AUGAAUUCUUUCCCAGGAAAAUUAGCUGCUUAUUGUGGAUUAUUUUUGGUUCUUUUUAUUACUCAAGCAUAUUUACUUCCAUUAAAUAAAAGUGAUAGUACUGAAGUUGGAAAUAAUGUCAAUGAUAUGACAUUAUUUUCAAAUGAAACUGCUUUGGUUGAUACUUUAAAUAAUCCAAUGAUUUCUGGUAAUUCUACUGAACUUGCUAGAGUCAAACGUCAAGGAGGAGGAUGUGGAUGUUGUGGAUGUGGUGGAGGAUGUGGUUGUGGAUGUUGUUGUUGUAGACCAAGAUGUUGUUGCCGUUGUUGCAAAUGUUGUACAUGUUGUACUACCUGUUGUAGAACUUGCUGUAGACCAUGUUGUUGCGGAUGUGGAUGUGGAUGCGGAUGUGGUUGUGGAUGUGGAGGUGGAAUGGGACGUAAAAGACGUUCUCUUGAAUCUCUUACUCACAAACUUAUGGAUUCUAUUGCUGCUUCCAAUCAAACAACAGCUAUUACAACUGCUGAUAUUCAUUCAUUUGGAAGACAAUAA